AUGCACUUCGCGGCAAAACAACGCACGCGCACGACACGCUCUGUCGAGCGUCUUCCAAAGAUGGCGGGCGUCCCAGAUCCGCUGGAAGAUAUGCUGUAUUCAGAAGUGGACGAAAAAGCCGUCAGCGACCUCGUGGGUUCGUUAGAGUCGGAGCUCGGCGGUCAGAAUAAAUCCCAGAGCGAGGCGCGGAGGUCGGGAGCACCCGAGAGCGGAAACAAUAACUUAGGAAAAGCCCAAGCCGCUCAAGCGGGAACCGCAUUGGAGGCGCGAGCGUCAGGACUGCACAGAGUGGAGGUAAAGCGGGAGAACGGCUCCGAGAGGACACCGAGCACCAACUCUGUCCCGGGCUCUUCCGCUCUGAACGCCGUGGGGGUGAUGGCUACCAACCGAGUUCAGCCAAACAUCACGUUAGUACCAAAGCCCGGUGUACCGGGACUCGCAACUUCUCCGAACUGUUCAAGUGACGCAGCAGUUGUAGCAUCAUCAUCACCCUCACCAUCAUCAUCAUCCUCCUCAUCAGCUACCGACACUCUCACUAACACAAAUCACAUAGCUUCAACUAUUCGCGCCGUUUCUUCCAGACCCCUGGCCGGAGAGAAUGGCAGCAGUGCCACUGUAGCUCUCGCCUCUGCCCCCGCUCCUGUAGCCGGAUUACAGACUGGUGUGAAUGGGGCUGUCAUUGGCUCUGGCUUAGGCACCGACAACAGCAACACAUCCACUUCCAAAGGCACUAACGGUACUUUUCUUGGUGCUUCUGUUCAGCCUAACCAUAUACUGUCCCAGCCUGUGAGUGUAUCAGCUACUCAGACGGUUCCUGCUGUUGCCCUGCAUCGACCUUCCAACAUCUCACCCAGUCCUAGUGACCCUAAACUUGCAGUGUCUGUGAGUGUCGCCCCUGUCCCAGCCUCUGCGCUGACCUUUUCCAAUGCGAGUCUGAUCAAGGCGAACCCCCAAACCCAGAUCAAAACUAUUGUCCCGAAUCAGCUUGCCGGUUCGACCGUAGCUGUGCGGCCUCCUAUAACUGGCACACCCGUGCAGUCGGAUGCGGUCAGUACCUCGCUCACGGUAGUGAGCACUCCGUCAGUGUUGGUGAAGCCAGAAGCAGGACUUUCCGGGCAGGCUGGGGGUAUGCUGAGACCCGCCACUCCAUCUCCAGCAGUGAGCGCCGCUCCCGUGCGACCCGGGGUUCCUGCGGCACCUGCUCUGAGGGCGGUGGUACCUCAGCUCACGGUCAGACCCCAGCAACAGACUACGAUUCAGUUACCGCCUGGAUUCACUAUACCGCCGGGAAUGGUGCUUGUUCGGACCGAAGCGGGCCAGCUGGUGCUGGUUCCUCAGCAGGUUCUGGCCCAGGCCAAGGCUCAGACUCAAACGAAAGGGACUCUGUCUCAGACGCCUGCGACGACCACCACCGGGGCCACCAUCCGAGUCACCACUCCUGUGCAGCAAUCGCCAGUGACGUCCCAAGCCAUCCGACCGAUUCCUCCUGCACAGGCUAAAGUGGUCCAGGCAGCCAGCCCUGCUAGUCCUGCACUACAGAAGACGCCAUUGGUGACAGCGAGCACCGCUCCGAAGCCCAGCGGCCCCACUGUGAUCACAACCGGAGCUCGUGUUCAAGCUCCGACUCAGACGAUCCUGAAGCCGUCACCCACUGUCCCGGCACCCGCUGCACCGACCCCGGGAAUCACCGGCCUCUCUCAGGAAAUGCAAGAGAAUGUGAAGAAGUGCAAGAAUUUCCUAGCAACGCUGAUCAAACUGGCAUCCCAUAAUUCCCCCUUGCCAGAAACUUCUAAGAACGUGAAGGCGCUGGUGCAGGACCUGCUGGAUGCCAAAAUCGAGCCCGAGGAAUUUACAGAUCGUCUGCAGACGGAGCUGAAGUCGUCUCCUCAGCCCUACCUCAUCCCCUUUCUGAAGAAAAGCCUGCCUGCUCUGCGGAUGACACUGUUGAACUCGCAGCAGUCUCUGACCCAGCUCGCUCAAACCACCUCCAGCCCACUGACUGUGAGCGCCAUCAAGGCUCCGCCCCCACGCUCGCUCGCUACCACGGUGCCGGCGGUCCGCCCCGCCGUCUCGCAGGACCAAGCUGCCCUGGUGGCUGUGAAGAGGACAGGAGUACAGACAGGUCCAGUUCGGAUGCCCAUGGUGAUCACCCAGUCCAUCCGGCCUCAAGGUGCUGUGGUGAGAGGGCCAGCGGUACAGGUGAGGGGUCCAGUGGGCAUCACCAUGCAGGCUUCAGCCAAUCAGAAACAGAAGCUGAAUGACCCAGGAGGUGGAACUUUCAGGGACGACGAUGACAUCAAUGACGUGGCGUCCAUGGCGGGCGUGAACCUGAAUGAAGAGAAUGCUCGUAUAUUAGCCACGGGCUCUGAGCUGGUGGGCACGCAGAUCCGCUCCUGCAAAGACGAGGCAUUCCUGCCGGCAAAUCUGCUCCACAAGCGCAUCCUCGAGAUCGCACGUGGUUUCGGUGUGAAUGAGGUGAUGGCAGACGUAGUGAGUUUGGUGUCCCAUGCCACCGAGGCCAGACUCCGCUCCACGCUGGAAAACGUGUCUGCUCUCGCACGGCACCGCACAGACCCCAGCAAGGAUGAAGAGCACCACGAGCAGACGUCGGAUGUGAGGGCGCAGCUGAAGUUCUUCGAGCAGCUGGAGAGGCUGGAGAAACAACGCAAAGACGACGAGGAGAGAGAGAUCCUGCUGAAAGUGGCCAAAAGUCGCUCCCGGCAAGAAGACCCUGAGCAGGCUCGGCUAAAGCAGAAAGCUAAAGAGAUGCAGCAGCAGGAACUGGCACAGAUGAGACAGCGUGACGCUAACCUCACUGCGCUCGCCGCUAUAGGGCCACGCAAAAAACGCAAGCUGGACUCUCCCGGUGCUUCUGGAGCAGAGGCAUCAGGAAGCUCCUCGGGCUCGGCCAGCGCCUCCUCGUCCUCCACUCGACAGGUGAGGCAGCGGAUCACGCGGGUCAACCUCAGGGACUUGAUCUUCUGCCUGGAGCAGGAGCGCUCCACGGCCCGCUCGCUGCUGCUCUACAAGGCUCUUCUCAAGUAGGACCUGGUCCAGGCUGGAACUGCGCCUCCAUUUCUCCUCUUCCUGUUCGCAGGAUGUGAACGGUGGUCCAUCUCCGCGCUCAAAACCCAACCUCCUCCUCCUUUUCCCGCCAUCGUUUGAUUUGCAAGGUCUUUUUCUUCCCAUGCCUCAUGCGUCUUUCUUUGUGCCUUCAGGCAAAGCUGGGACAUAAUCAGUGAGAUCCUGUCUUUGCUUUAAGAGGAAUGCAUGAGGUUUUUCAUGCUCCAAACACACCUAUAUAUUCAGGAAGUGAAUGAAAGCCAUGAAGAAAGAGAAAGUCGUGCAUAAAAGCAGCAUUUAUUUCCUGGUACCGUUUUAAUGCCGUCUGGGCGUUUGGUACAGGAGCCAGCAUAUAGGAGAAAAACUCAUUUUGACUUUCUUUUUUUGUGAAAUAUUUGAAUCUGUUUUGAUUUUACGUUCAAGGAUAACUUUCCCAUGGUGGUAUCAAGUGUGAUGGGACUCGCAGCUCAGUUUUUAACUUAAAUGCCUCAUUUGCAAUAUGGACACUGGAAGUGUGAAUGUAUAGUUUUUGGGGAUUUUUUUUUUUUUUUUUUUUUUUUUUUUAAACAGUCUAACAAAUUCUUAAAUAUUUUAAUAACUUAUGACUUUUAUACCUCCAGUACAUACAUGGUUUGUUUAGAUCUGGAUUUUGUUUCAGUAAAAUUAUGCAAAUGAAGGAUCCGUGCUGUCCUUCAUCAUGUGUCACAUGCCGUUUUGUAAUUCAGAGACAGUAUUUUCUCACGCUCCUGUGUGUGUGUGUGUGUGUGUGUGUGUGUGUGUGUGUGUGUGUGUGUGUGUGGUGGGAAGAAUGGGGAGGUGAUAGUUAAAUGUGCUGUGAAGAAUUAUGGUGUAGGAGGUGGCAUGAUGCCAUCUGUACAAAGAGAGCUGUCAUAAAUUCGCCCAAAAAAGAUGACGCAUGGAAAUGAUUUUUAUUUUUUUUCUUUCUUCCCCUUCAUGUUUUUCCUCAUCAAAUAAACAGUAGACUUAAAGAUCACGGCAUAGAAAUCGAUUAUGAUUUGAUCUCCUUUAAUCAGCCUUGCACUGGAAUUUAAAAAAAUCGUGUUAUUGAUCAAAUAUGAGUAAUAAGGCCAUGUAGAUAAGAAAAACAACACAUUUCUUUUGACUGCUUUUCAUUUCUUUUGGAGCAAUUUUAGAGUGUGGUUUUAAAGGCCCCCCCCUCCCCCCAGCAGGACAUGUAGUGGACAUGAAGUUUUUAUUAGCCUUGUCUUUGCCUUUCACGAACAGUACACCGUUAUGCAGACAUCGGUUCAGACGAACAUGGCCUCAAAUUCCUGCUCGGUCCUCGGCUGCGAGGCCGACUGCCGUAUCCCAUGAUGUACCUGCACACGACGGAGCUCAGACAAGCCCCAGCGGUUCUGGUGAGAGAGGGUCAGGGCUUUUGAUUAUUUGUAUGUUGUAUUGUCUACAAAGACCAUAUAUCUAUUGUAAACUCUAUAUUUUUUGGUAAAUUUAACGAUUUUUAAAUGUUUGGCUGGUUUGAAGAAAAAAAAAGUGUUCAUCUCUAUAAAAUUUGUACUAUUUUGUAAAAGAAUAAAGUUGAUAACUUACAUGUU